AUGUUGAUUCUAUCGCUGGCCUUCCUAUUCGUGAAAGACUCGCUGGCCUUUAACUCCACAGCUCUCGUGAGUUGGCAGCAGGAAGGGAAUGGCCGCUCCACAUGGGACAUCCUGUGGCCAUGUUUGACAAAGAUCUUUGCUUGCACAUGGACCAUCCUCCACUUCGAUGUUUGGCCCCGAAAUAUUUCUGGCAGACGGGUCUGGCUCUCACAAUUACGGAUAGGCAUUCUUGCCAUUUUGGCGCCGGAAUUCAUCUUCUUAGUCGCAGCUGAACAACUCAACGAUGUUAAAAGACUGAGAAAAGUGUGCAACGCAGCUCAAAAGGAAAGAGACGGCGAGACGGCGGAGCCCAAGUUAUGGCUUUCGGGGCACAAUAGGCCCCUGGAACAAGCAGAAAGUCUAAACCAUAUCGAUUUGAAUCCAGUCAACACGGAGUGGUCCAUUUACACUCUACGGUUCACGGAGAUGAAAGCAUUCAUCCAAGCCGGCAUCUUACAUUGCUCCGACUUCCCGGACCAGGGUAUCGAGGAUCGGGCGAAAGCAAAUCCCUUUGCCAAAGGAUUCGCUAUCCUCCAGCACACCUGGAUUCUAUGCAACGUUAUUGCAAGAUGGGCGUCCGAUCUACCGGUCUCGCCGAUCGAAUUGUUGACUGUCGCCUACGUCGUCUACGGUCUCUUGGUAUAUGCCGUGUGGUGGUAUAAGCCCAAGAAUAUGAGCACGUCGAUUAAGAUCUAUAUUCGGUAUACCCGAGCUACCCUACCGGCUGAGAUACACCGUUUGACCGAAUCCCACCCUAAGGGAUGGGUUCAUCUCCGGGUACGCAUUAAGAAUGAAGCGUGGAUCUCGCUUAUAUGGAAGAUCAUCAAAGCGCCUGUCUUGGUAAUUUAUGACUCGGCGAGUUCUAUGGCAGCAGAUGAGGCAGCUCAGAGCUAUCUUAAGACACAACCAUCUGAGCAUAUAUUGUUCAUUUUCAUGUGUACUUUUGUCGCCAGCCUUUUCUGUGCUAUCCACGUUGCCGUGUAA